AUGACAGACAGGAACAAAACUACCAUCUUGGAAUUCCUCCUCUUGGGCCUGCCCAUUCCACCAGAGCACCAGCACUUGUACUAUGCCCUGUUCCUAGCCAUGUACCUUACCACCAUCCUGGGGAACCUCCUCAUCAUUGUCCUCAUUCUACUGGACUCCUAUCUCCACACACCCAUGUAUUUGUUUCUCAGCAACUUGUCCUUCUCUGACCUCUGCUUUUCCUCUGUGACCAUUCCUAAAAUGUUACAGAAUAUGAAGAGACAAGUACCCUCCAUCCCCUAUGCAGAAUGCCUGACACAAAUGUAUUUCUUCAUGCUUUUUGGGGACCUUGAGAGCUUCCUCCUUGUGGCCAUGGCCUAUGACCGCUAUGUGGCCAUCUGUUUCCCCCUGCACUACACCAGCAUCAUGAGCCCCGAACUCUGUGUGUGGUUGGUGGUGCUGUCCUGGGUGCUGACCACGUUUCAUGCCCUUUUGCACAUCCUUCUCAUGGCCAGAUUGUCCUUCUGUGAGGACAAUGUGAUUCCCCACUUUUACUGUGAUAUAUCUCCUCUGCUAAAGCUGGCAUGCUCUGACACUCAUAUUAAUGAGUUAGUGAUAUUUAUCAUGGGAGGGCUUAUCAUUGUCAUUCCAUUCAUACUCAUUUUCAUGUCUUAUGCACAAAUUAUAUCUUCAGUUCUCAAGGUCCCUGCCACUCAAGGUAUCCAUAAGGCCUUUUCCACCUGUGGCUCCCACUUGUCUGUGGUUUCAAUGUUCUAUGGAACAAUUAUUGGUCUCUACUUAUGUCCAUCAGCUAAUAACUCUACUGUGAAGGAGACUGUCAUGGCUAUGAUGUACACAGCAGUGACUCCCAUGCUGAAUCCCUUCAUCUACAGCCUGAGGAACAGAGACAUGAGGGGAGCCAUGGGAAGAGUCCUGAGCAAAAAGUCAAACCUAUCGCAGUAA